UUGCAUAUCGUUAUUUUAGAAGUCUGGUCUCUUGAUGAUCUCUGCAACCGUUUGAAGGUGUCUUCCGUUUACCUCAGGAAUCGCAUUACGUGGUGGAGUUGUGCGGGGGUUCUUCGUGAAUGCCAAAAAGACGUGUGGUGCUUGGUAAGCUCUUUGCCAUCGUCAGAAGAAAGAAAAAUCACGUCGUUCUUCGAUGAAGAGGAGGAGGAUUUGUUGACUGAUACUGACUUUACAAACAAGGCCCCAAAUCUCGAGGUCUACUGGCCGUAUAUCUCCAGCCUACUGAAGAAUAUCGGGAGUCUGACUGCUGAACGUAUUCAUAAGUUGUUGAAGUUGUGCAGCGACGAAGGCCGAGAACGCACUUCUAUCGAAGACGUUACCGCAUUCUUACGAAGCAAAGUGAAUGACCAAGUUUUGAUUCAGGUCGAUGACGCCUACAGAAUCCCUGACCAUUGA